AUGGCGUCAGUGAGCGACGAUACCUUGACCAAGGUUUCCACCGAAGCUGCGACCGAAUUUGUCCAAACAUUUUACCAGGCCUUGAGGUCAAACCGUGAAUCCAUCAGCUCCUUUUACGAUGCCAACCCGCAAACUAUCAUAUUCAAUGGAAACCCUGUGUCGGACGGCGCCGCAGUACAAGACAUCUUCAUCAACCAAAUGCCGCCUUCGAGCUUUGAGAUCCAAUCAUAUGAUUGUCAGAUCAUCAACAAGGCCUACCCUACCCUCCUGCCGAGUGGCGGAGUGAAGCCGCAAUCGGAAAUGGGAGUCAAGGACAUGUCGCUUGUCAUUCUCGUCAGUGGAGCGGUGCGCUAUGGAGAAAGCCGCGAUCAACCGCAGCGCGGAUUUAGCGAAACCAUCGUGUUGACCCCGAACCCAUCCGCCGACCGUGUGCGAGGCCGCAAGGACUUCUUGAUCCAAAGCCAGAACUUCCGUCUGGUUGUUUGA